GGGAAUAUCAAAAUUUAAACUGGACGGAACCCUAGCCGAGGUUCCGAUAGUUUCUUGGUAGAGCUUUGCGCCGCCGCGCAGGAGUCGGAGCCGCCGCGUCGACACUAGAAGCCAUGGCUGUUCCGUUGUUAGACAAGAAGAUUGUGAAGAAGCGCGUGAAAAAGUUUAAGAGGCAUCAGAGUGAUCGCUUUGUUUCCGUGAAGCCCAACUGGCGCCGGCCUAAGGGCAUCGACUCCUGUGUGAGAAGAAAGUUCAAAGGACGCACCUUGAUGCCCAACAUAGGCUACGGAUCAGACAAGAAGACCCGCCACUACCUUCCCAAUGGAUUUAAGAAGUUUCUUGUGCACAACAUCGAAGAACUCCAACUUUUGAUGAUGCACAACAGGACAUACUGCGCAGAGAUUGCACACAAUGUCUCAACCAAGAAAAGAAAUGAAAUUGUCGAACGUGCAGCUCAGUUAGACAUUGCUGUGACCAACAAAUUAGCUCGGCUGCGUUACCAGGAGGACGAGUAAGCUCUCGCCUACUCUUGUUACUUUCGCCUUCCGAGUUUUGGGUUUUACAUUACAAUAUUUCGACCAAAAUGUUAUAUACUCCCUCCAUCCCACAAUAAGGCUGUGAUGACCUUUCUGCGUGUUGAUAUUUGAAUAUUAAUUAUUAUAUCAAUACGCAGUAGAAAUAAAGAGAAAAAGACAAAAAUACGUUUAUUAGUCUCUUAUAAUACAAAUACAAUGAUAUUUAUCGAGUAAAUUAUUCAAAUAUAAGGAUAUUUUUUUAUGUUAAGUAGAAUGACGCAAAAAUCAAAUAGCAACUUUCUUGCGGGACGGACGGAGUAUGUGUUUUUUUAGUGUUUCGAGGAUAAUUGUGAAUCUUGUAGUUUUUAUUGCAUUUCUAUAGCAUUUACAUUAUGUUUAUUUGCCUUAGCUGAUGAUUUAAUAAGACGACUUUCUUUUCUUUUCU